CUCCAUACAAAAGUUGACUUUUUAAUACCCCCCCUCACUUCUACGACGACCAUUAAACAAGCGUUGGAUUUAUAAUAUUUUUGUUACAAUGACAAGAAGUACAUUAACUAGAGAAAAGAAAAAGACAAGCAGUGGUAAUGCUAGUGGAGGAGGAGGAGGAGGUGGUGGUGGCGGCAGCGGUGGUGGAGGUGGUGGUGGGUCUGGGAGUACUACGGCAGCUGCAACGACUGAGCGGGGUCGUGACAAAAAAAGACGCAGUGUUUCUUCCAGUAGUACGAGUAGUAGUGGCAGCUCAGGAAGUUCAAGUGGAAGUAGUAGUUCAUCUCGUAGCAGGUCACGCUCAUCAUCAUCUUCCAGUGGAUCGAGUUCAUCUGGCAGCAGCAGCAGCAGCAGUAGCAGCAGUGUGAGCACCUCUCGUUCCUCUAGCUCAAGUUCCAGCAGAUCUUCACAUAGUCGUUCUUCAGCAGUUGGACGAGGUGCCAGCAACAGACAUAAAUCUUUAUCUCCAAGAAGGAAAAAACAACGUAGCCCCACUCCCAAAACUGCUAAAGUACAUAUUGGCAAAUUAACUCGUAAUGUCUCCAAGGAUCAUAUUAUGGAAAUUUUCUCUGUAUAUGGUAGUAUAAGACAUAUAGAGAUGCCUACAGAUCGGAUUCAUCCAAAUUUUUCUCGUGGUUUUGCAUAUGUUGAAUAUGAAAAUGCAGCUGAAGCAGAAAAAGCCAUUAAGUACAUGGAUGGUGCUCAAAUUGAUGGCCAAGAAAUUACAGCAGCUGCUGUACUUGCACCUAGACCUACUAGAGUGAUCCCUCGUCGUAGUCCUAUACGUAGACUACCUCCACGAUGGCGUCCAUCUCCUCCGAGAUUCAGAGAUAGGCGCAGAAAAGACUUUGCUAAGGUUUUAACAAACAACUUCAAAUCAAGCCGAUUUCAACCAAGCUGGAAGAUGGCCAACAUCAGACAGCAGACACAGCUAUCCAGGUCUCCUCCCCCGCCUCCAAGACGACGUUCUCCUCCAAGACGGCGCACUCGGUCCAGAUCUCCUGCUAGGCGACGGCGGUAUAGUCGCUCUAGCUCUAGUUCUUCAAGAUGAAAGCUGUUCUUUUAAGAACUUAAGACUGCAACAGACAAGAGUUAUGGUGGAUGGAUGUUUGGUCAAGUCCUUUCACUAAUUUUCUUAUUAAUAUAAAUAAAUAAUUACAAAAAAUAUAUAUAUAUUGAACAUUUCCUCUUAAAAAAAAAAUGAGAAAUGAUUAUGGACUUCAAAUAAAUUGGAACCAUUUAAUGAGAACUCACUGGAUAUUCCUACAUAGUUCUAAUUAUUAGUAUCAUGUUAUUUUUUGUUUAAAAGCCAGUCACUUCACAGACCAUUUGGAUGAUUUUCAUUUGACUGUACUUAUCUAUUCAUUCAUGAUAAAAUUCAUUUUGCAUAA